AUGCUCCGCUCGAUCCUCCCGCGCUUCAUUCCGCGCCGUCCAUUCUCCAGCAUGGCUUCUCUGACUCCGAUGGAGGACCUUAUGCGUGACAAGAUUGCGCACGCAUUCACGCCGACGACGCUGAUCAUCCGAAAUGAUUCGCAUAAACACGCGCACCACGCUGCGAUGGAGGGGUCGACGUCGAAGGAGACGCAUUUUCAUGUGACGAUUACAUCCGCCGAAUUCGAGAAGAAGAUGCAGCCCGCGCGUCAUCGGAUGGUUUAUGCACUUUUGAAGGAGGAGAUGGCGCGUGAGGGUGGGAUUCAUGCUUUACAGUUGCGGACUAAGACGCCGGCUGAGGAGGCGAGGGAGAAGGAAAGGGAGAAGGCUGCUCAAUAA